AUGCAGAGGGAAUUGCACAUCCAGUACAAGGUGAAGGGUAUUCCCCUGUUACUGAUCUUAGACAGCGUCACAGGAGAAGUAGUUUGUAAGAAUGCUGGCAAUGAACUCAAGACUGAUCCAGAAGGAAAGAAGUUCCCAUGGAAGCUCAGGCCAUUGAGUGAUAUCCUUGCAGGAAAUGUUAUAGACAAUGAGAUGAAGACUCUCUCGCUGGAUAAUUUAAAAGGCAAGGUUCUAGGAAUAUAUUUCUCAGCUCACUGGUGCCCGCCAUGCAAAACAUUUACUCCAGUUUUGAAGGGUACAUAUGAAAAGAUCAAGGAAACUGGACAGCCUUUUGAGAUCAUCUUUGCUACCAAAGACCAAAAAGAAGACUCGUUCAAGAGUUACUUUGCUGAGAUGCCCUGGCUAGCGUUUCCAUUUCAAGAUGAACGUAUCGAGGAGCUAUCUAAAUCAUUAUCUGUCUUAGGCAUACCUAUGUUAGUUAUCAUAGAUGCCGAAGGAAAGCUCAUUACAACAGAGGGCAGAGGAAGUGUUAUGCAAGAUCCUGAGGGAAAGAAUUUUCCAUGGUAUCCUCCUGCAUGCUGUGAGUUGGAUAGCUUCUCUGCCUCAAUAGUCAAUGAAGGACCUUGUCUUAUACUCUUCACAGAAAUUGAAGAAGGUGAUGAUGAUGAAUAUUCACGCAAAGCUUUAGAGAUGAUGAAACCUGUAGCUGAGGAGAUCCGAGCGGCUGAAGAAGCAAAAGGCAAAGAACCUGCUUGCAAGUUCAUUGUUGCAGGGGAUGACGAUAUGGUGGAGAGCCUUCAGCAGUUUCUGAGCAUUGCCGAUGAGAGCCUUCCAAUGCUUGCACUUCUCAACAUACCCAGGGAACAAGUGUCGUGUUGUGAGGGGAAAGAAAUCACCCCAGACCUCAUCCGGGAAUACUACCACAAGUUUGUCAGUGACGAGCUGGAAUGGACGUCCUUAUCGUAACCCAAGAGAGAAGAAGGAACAAGACAUAGGGGUUGUUCCAUAAAGCCUUGUUCAGGCAUCUUGCAUCAAUGAUCAGCAAGAUUUUGUGUACGAAGUCCAGGAGAUAUAUGUGGUACAAAAGAAUUGUUGUAGAAGCAAGCGACUUAUUCUGUGGACCAAUAGAAUUCUGUAGAGUUUAGUGCAAAAUUCAGACAAGGUUGCACAAAAAAUCUGUCUUGAGUUAUGUGGACAAACUCAUGACAUCAUAAUAAAAUGAUUAUGAUGUGAUGGGUUUGUUCAUGGAGUUUCAGACUACAUUUUGAGACUUGUAGCAUGUAAUGUUCUUUUAUUAGCAUAAUAGAUACCAUUUGUCUCACCAAGGAGAUAUCACCUCUUUGGUCUCACCAUGUAAGGACACUAAAGAAAAAUGUUGCUGAGCUUUUUGUCACAUCAUAUCUGAAUGAGGCUGAUAGCUGUUUAUAAGACUACACAUAGCUUUUUGAAUGACUUGAUUAUGAAGUGCCAAGUGAGAGGUGAAAUAUUUCUAUGAUCUUUUUAGUGUGACUUUAUGUAAUUGGAUCUAAAUGAAAUAGUGAAAAAUAAAAGAUUUUUACAUUACUGUCAAACAAUUGUUAAUUAAUUAUUUCUGUCUUUAGCUGAUGUGAUUUGGCUUUUCAUAAUCAAGUCAUUACGUUUUGAACAACACUAU